GUAAAUUUAGCAAGUAUGGCGGAAGUUCAGAAACGUCAGCAUGGUCGAAUUAAAGGAAAAGCUGAUGAUAAAAGCGCUACACUCAGUGAUGAAGGGACGGGGAUGGCGGCCGAAACGCUGACUGUAUUCUUAAAGCUUUUUGCUGCAGGAUUUUACGGACUUAGUUCUUUCUUAAUCGUUGUUGUGAACAAAAGCGUCCUGACGAAUUACAGGUUCCCGUCAUCAAUAUGUGUCGGAAUCGGGCAGAUGUUGGCCACAGUAAUCGUUCUGUGGGUGGGAAAGGCGCUCAGGGUGAUCAACUUCCCAGAUUUUGACAAAAACAUACCUCGGAAAACAUUUCCACUACCUCUUCUUUAUGUGGGGAAUCAAAUUACAGGAUUGUUCGGGACAAAGCGGCUGAAUUUGCCUAUGUUCACAGUCUUAAGGAGAUUCUCCAUACUCUUCACUAUGCUGGCGGAGGGGAUCCUAUUGAAAAAGAAAUUUUCCCGGCCGAUCCAGCUGACGGUAUUUGCAAUGAUUCUAGGAGCUUUUGUAGCUGCCAGCACUGAUUUAGCCUUUGACUUACAAGGCUACGUGUUUAUUCUGCUAAACGAUGUCCUGACCGCAGCCAAUGGGGCAUAUGUCAAGCAGAAAUUGGACUCCAAGGAGCUAGGGAAGUAUGGGCUGCUGUACUACAAUGCACUGUUCAUGAUCGUUCCCACACUGCUGCUGGCCCAUUUCACCGGCGACAUACACAAGGCUAUGGAGUUUGAUGGCUGGUCAGAUAUGAUCUUCGUCACACAGUUUGUGCUGUCGUGUGUCAUGGGGUUCAUUCUGAUGUAUUCAACUGUGCUGUGUACACAGUACAACUCUGCAUUAACCACAACCAUUGUGGGGUGCAUUAAGAACAUUUUAGUGACCUAUAUUGGGAUGGUGUUUGGUGGGGACUACAUAUUCACCUGGACCAACUUUAUUGGUUUAAAUAUCAGUAUUGCUGGAAGCCUGGUGUACUCCUACAUCACAUUCACAGAAGAACAGUCAAGUAAGCAAAGCGAAAGCAACAACAAGCUGGAGUUGAAAGGGAAGAUAGCUGUAUGACCGUAACGUAAAGGGUCCCCUCCCCCGUUGUUUGGCUCCAAAAAAAAAUGGUGUUAUUUAUUGCUUUGUAUGCCCAGGAGCUGACGAGAUGCCAAACCAAAAGACUGCUAAGCAUGUGAGGGGGGUGAGGGUGAGACUACAAUAAGAGGGAGGUGUCUUGCCCACUCAUCGGUGUGGGGUGUGCGUUUUUUAUUUUUUGUUUGCUUUUUGUUUAUAAAUCAGUGUUAAGGAAUGUUAAGGAACGUUCCUGGUUUUGUUUACCAUUGCAAUAAUUUCUGCCAGUCGUUGACAAGACUGCUCUGGGACCAGUUGGCUGCAAUUAAGUGGCUCCGAUUUUAAAUCUAUUUUGUCGGCAAGUGUUUUCAUAAGGGAGAGGUGUUUCAGCAGUGUUUAUAUUUGUAUUUGAAUGUUUUUUUUUUUUCUUUUUUUUUUUUUUUCUUUUUUUAAGGGAUGUCUUCUCUGUCAUGUGCAGGAGUGAAAAUGAGGCAAACCACAUUGGACAUAUUUUUUAAGUCCAGUUUGGGAUGAAAAGAUUAAUUUGUUCUGAUUUACCCCUGUGGAAGUGUUACACACCUCCAUGACACGUCUGUACAGAGUGCAGUAUUGCGGAGUUAUCGGAAGGAAUUUGUGGCUGUGUUCAUUUAAAAGGCAAUGAAAAAUGAAAAGUUAUCUAUUCAGAAUUUUUAAAAAAAUAUUUAUUCCUUGGUGUUUACACUAUUGUCUGGAAUAUAUGGUAGAAAAAAGAAAAUGGUGUUGACACCAUUGCUUUAAAAUGCUGGAGCCACAUGUAGUCAAGUUUUGUAUCGUUUGUAUUUGUAACCUAAUGCGGUUUGUAUUUGACAGAAGACAAGUAACAUAGCUAGUGAAUGCACUUUUAACAGUUUACAACCAUGUAGGUGUUUUCUUGUGUAUAUUGUGGAGAUGUGGUGAAAUGAGGGUGUAUUUUCAAAUGUUUACCUUUUUAUUUCAACAGAAAUGCCUUAAGGGGAGAACGCCAGCUGGCAGUUGAAAUUGAAAUAAGACCUCCUACGUAUUUGUUGACUGGUCAUUUGUUAAAACGGGUCAUUGUAAAUCCGUGAUAAAGGAGAGAAGGUAAUGUGAAAUCCACUUCAUGGAUUUUAGGGGAAAGGGGAACUUAUUAUCAAGUUUUAUUUUUGUCUGUUUUUUAUAAAUGUGUGUAUAAAAUGCUUUUUUUUUUUUUUAUUCUGAAGAUUAAAGCAUCUUGUUUGCUGACAAGCAAAUGGGUAAUUAAGAAUUGUCACAAUGUGGUUGUAUUCUUGAUCUCAUCAGUCGGAACAUAAUCUAAAUAAUAUCACUUUGUUCAAUUACUUUACAAGCUGUAUUUGUAAAAAUAUUUAAUCAGAAUAUGUCAUGUGCCCCCUGUAGCACAAGCAUUUCAAUUAUUGGGAAUUGUUCUUUAUUCUGAAUUUAGGGGGUCAGGUCCUGGAGAGAGCUGCAGUGUUUUGUUUUGUUUUUUUGUUUGUUUUUUUUGGUUUUUUUGGUCAUCUACCAGGCCUUGAAACAAAGUGUCUGGACUGUAGCCAGUGACUUUAAGUGCUGGAAAGUAAGCAAACUGAACUUCCAAGAUUUGAGUUUAAAGUCAAGCUGAAACAGAAGUUCAAGCAGCGUUAGCUUAUGACGUAUACUUGAGUUCAAAUGUCUCAAGAUCCCGAAAGAUCCUUUUAUCUCGAUACACACCCGCUGGUACACAGUGUAGAAUCUCCUAAAGUCUAAUUGUCCAGGAUGUGGGUGGGAAAAAACUUUGAAACUGCACUUUCACAAUUUUGUCCAUUUUUUGGAUUAUAUACUUUUAAGAUUCGUAUGGUUAUGAAAAAUCGAUUAAAUUGCGGAAAGUGAAUUUUGAUUUCAGCUUGUCUUUAAGAUCUGCUGUAUUUGUUACUUGGAUUGUCACAAUUGAUGCAAGAUGGCAAAUAUGGCAUUCAGGAUUGUGAUGGCUAAUACAUUUCAGAGAAUUAUUUCAUAAAUAUUUAUAUUUUCUGAACCAUCAUAGCAAUUUGAUGUUUUGGCAGGACAUGUAUUGAAUAUAUAUAUAUACUGAGUUUUCCAGGUUGAUUGCAUUUCAGAAGUUAAAACACAAAUGGAGCACCAAUUCAAUUAAUGGACAUCUGUCCUGUUUGUAUCCAGUGUGGAAUGGUCUCCUUGUGACUGCAUAAUGUGCAAAAUUAAAGUGCCUAUAUUUCAUUAAUAAA